AUGGAUUCCGGCGUGAAGCCCCAUAUCUGUGCCUUAAAAAACAGUGACAAAUACUACAUGUUCGGUUCGGAUGAGGACAUCACGUGUAAAAAUAUAUGGAUAAACAUGUUCCAAAUCAAUGGGAAAACACCGAGGGCGAAAAUAUUUUUCGACAGUAUGGCGCACGUGUGUGCCGAGAGAAGAAGGCACGCUCUGAUACAUUGGUGGAUUAUUCAUCCUUGCAGCAGUUGGAGGAAAUUUUUUAGAUUUCUAUGGGACUUGGUAAUGACUGUGGUAUAUAUGGUCGGAUUUCUGACGAUCCCAUUUUCCGUCAGUUUUAUUGUCAUGAGUCACGAUAAAAUUCGAAUGGAUAAAUUCAAUUUUUUAAUCUACGCUUUCUGCUGGAUGGAUAUAGUAUGCAAUUGCUUCAGUGGAUAUUACGACAAGAAACUCAUGCAGGUGGAAUUGGCUCCCUUCAAGAUAUUCAUGAACUAUUUAAAAAACUUUCUUAUAUUGGAUAUCCUUUCCUCGUUGCCAUGGGAUCACAUAACUUUGCCAUGGCGAAGUCUUCCUGGAAGAGAAUCUAAUCAUUUAGUUUCUCUACUCAAUCUCUUACCUUGUUUGAAGCUGUCGCGUUAUGGCUACGUGAAUAUGCGAAUCUCCGAGCUUUUCAGCCAUUUCGAAGUGAUGUACUUUUAUUACGAGCUAUUUUCCACCUUCAUGCUGGGAUUUUACAUAAUGUACUGGUCUUCGUGUCUGUAUUACUUGAUACCAGUGUUAGUUUUGCACUUCAGUAACUCUUUACCAGAAGAAUGUCCUGAAUGUUGGAUGACAGGGUUUAACAGCAGCAGCAUACCUUCCAGGUUUCAAUAUACACUCUUUAUCGUCGUGGAGAAAUUAGCAGCGAGUGGUUACGGUGGCUACGUGCCAAGAACAGACGGUCACAUUGUACUGAGCUUUGUUCUUAUACUGUUUGGUAGAGUGCUGGAAUGUUACAUUGCAGUGAUGCUGAUUCAAAUAAAAGCUGGAAAACAAGCAUCGGAGUUGAAAUUUCAAGAAAUAAUAAAUCAGUUAAGCGCUUACACGAGUCAAAAACAGUUACCAAAGCACAUGAAGAUUCGUCUUCUGGCUUAUUACUAUUAUCGUUUCAGGAAUAGUUACUUUCGCGAAAAGUCUAUCUUAUCUAAUCUAUCAGAACAAUUACGUCAAGAGAUUGCGCUUCAAUCGAGCCAUCGUUUAGUCGAAAAUGUAGCAAUAUUCAAGGACUUACCCAAAUACGUUUUACGAUCCAUCAUAAAGAAUUUGAAAUUCGAGCUUUAUCUACCGAACGACGUGAUCAUCAAAGCAGGAGCUUACGGCGAUUGUAUGUUCUUUUUAUCUGCUGGAACUGUCGCUGUACUAACACCCACUGGGACAGAGAUCUGUCACCUGGACGACGGAGCCCAUUUUGGAGAAGUAGCGCUUCUAGUUGGUGAACAAAGAAGAGUCGCAAGCGUGAUCGCGAUCGAAGUGUGCGAGGUGUACCGUUUGGAUCGCAAAGAUUUUCGGAAGUGUAUCUCCGUGCAUACGGAAUUAUUCGCGAAGAUCGAGAGACUCGCGACCGAGAGGAUCGAGAGAGCUAUGAUCAUUGAAGAACACCAUAAACGUCAUCUUAAGCGAAGUUCUGCUCAAGGUGAUCGUAGAAAAACAGUAGGACGUUACUAAAAGGAGAAUAGUUCGAAUAAUACGUAAUAUUAUACUCAAUAAUAAUAAAUGUUAAUAUAGUAAUUAUGUUAAUAAUUCUUGUAACUAUUAAAUAAACAAUGUGAUAUAAAGAUUUAGAUGUAACAAAAUGUUGUUAGAAAAAUUCACAUACUUGUUAAUUACGAGAAAGAAUAAUCCUCAUCAAGAAGUCGCUGAUAGCAACAAAGUUUCUCGAUAAGAAAAAUAAUCAUGCUAAUCGUUUAAUCAUAUAUUUAAGGAUCUUAUAUAUUAUUAUUGUCCAUACAAUGUUUGUAUAGUGGCAUUCCUUCAUUUCUACCUUUAUUUUAUAUAUAUAUAAUUAUAUAUAUAUUUAUAUUAUAUUAAUCGUUACCUAAGGUAUAACUUACAAGUACUAAAAUCACUAAAAUCUUUAGCACUGUCGCGAUGUGUGUGAUAAUACAUUAGAGACAUGAAUUUGUAUGAUUAAUCUAAUCUUUCUUUCACGUCUUUCAUUUUUCUCUUUUUUGGCGAAUUUUCUUGUUUCCUCGUAUUUUUCUCAUGUAACUUACGCUUAAAUCCUUCGUCGGUGUAUUCGUAGCAACAAUCGUAAAUCGUAGCUGACUCGUUAAGAAUUUUCUUCACUCUCUUUAGUUUAUAUAAGAAUAUUGAAACAAAAUUUUUUCGAGAGACUUCUGUCGAUUCUACGCGAGGUACGUUCCAUUGCAUAUUUUUGUUUAACUUUAUUCUAUAGAAAUGAAAUGAAAUGCGUUUCUCAAAACUGUAAAACACGUAGAAAAUGAAGUGAAACGAAUUUCAAAAUUACUCGUAUAGAAAGAUCCUAUUUUCACUUAUAUCUUCCAAAACGAUUAAAUUCACAAAAUUCAAGUUGCAAAUAACUGACUAAAAUUAUUCGUUACACGAAUCAAUAGUUCUAUUAUAUUAUCUUAAGUCCUUAAUUAUUUGCGUAUAUAAUUAUAAUAUAUCGUUAUAACUAUCAUAGCCAUUCUAAACAUCACUAUAUGUUAAUUAUCAUUAUCACACUACCUUUGUGUUACAAAAAGAAAACGCAUUGAUAUUUGGAAAAUUGUUUGAAAAUCGACGAAUCAACCGGUCACGAUCGUUUCUACGAAUUUUACAAAGUUUCCACAAGGAAUUGUCCAGCGGUCUGUAAGAUAGGUCGAUCAAACGAGUACAGUACGUAAUACAGGGAUAAUUAUAUACAUGUCCAGUGUAUAACGUGUAAGUGAAUAUGUUGCCAUUGUAUAGACUUUAAAAUCACACGGUACAAAUAUAAAUUAUUUACUAUAGAAUAGAGAAAAUCUACCGAAACAACUUGCUUGACGUUAUGUACCUUUUGUUCUUUCCUUGCGUUAUCAUUUCUUGUAAUAAACGCGAUACACAUUCUUUUCUACGUUACAUUUUCUUUAGUCUUCUUUUUUUUUCUUCUUUAUUUUUUUGCUUGUUACCGAUAUGCAAUCAGUAGGAUAUAUCUAUGUAAACUAGGAGAAUUUAUGCUAUUUAUACAUUUACUAAAUAAUGUCGUGUUGCUACGUUACUACAAUCGUGUCAUGUCUAGUUUGGUCAUAUCUAAAGGAGUACGGAGGAGAAGAGUACUCAAUAUCUUUCCAUUAUUCCUUGUUUCUUUCCUUUCCUGCUACGAUUCCUCCGGGUAAAUGAAGAAAACGAUAAUAAAGGUUUACAUGCUUCGUUUCUUUUAAAGCAAUACUGUGAUUGUCACAAUUUCCAAAUUUUAUCUAGAUUCUACUAUACACGAAGACCACACAUGGGAAAAAUAUGACAAGUUCAGUUUGGUUGGUUUUCUCAUUAUUUUGUUGCACGUAUUUUAAUAUAAAAUUUUAAUACGUUUGUUAUACAUUUGUUACGUCUAUUUUCAUAUGAAAUAGUUCAAAAAGGGCAUCUUGUGAUAAAUGAUAAACCCAUAAUAUUUUGUACGAAACGAACAAUUAUGUUGCUCUAACUUCAUUAAUAUAAUAUCGAAUAUACAAUAACAUCGAAUUUUAAAAUUGCUCUUCUAUAAAAGACUUGCUAAAAUAAAAUAUGACUUGAGUCAUAUUUCUACUUGUGGUCUUCAUACGUUUGAUACGUAAUUAGGAAAUAAUAUACGAAUAAAUAUAUAUAUAUAUAUACAUAUAUAUUUUAUUCGAUAAGGAAACGUAAAAAAUUGGAGGAAUAGCUUUUUCACACUUUGGUACGAUCGUCUAAUAUCUUUUUCCUUUUAGUGACUAUCAGUAAAUUUCUGCGAUUGAAAAUCUUCAGACAAUUCGUUCUGCUUCGCGUAUACUACUAUUUUCGUAUUUACACUAAUGGUAAUCUGUAUGUAAAGUUCUAUUUAGCACUCCUUCCUCGACACUUUCGAAGGGCUUCUAAUAAGGCACUGUCAUUUACUGUGACUGAAACGAUCAGACGAAAGAAGAAUGUCCUUUUUUUCCUACAGUUCCGUGGAUUCUUUCCAUUAUCGAGUAAAACUUACGCUUACAGUAUAUCUAUAAUAUUUAUAUAUAAUUAUAAAUGCUUUUGGUACCUUCCUUCAGAAUUUUGAUACGCUACAAGCUACUGAUAUUUUUGCGACGCUUCAAGAUUAACAGCAUAAAUUAUCUCUUACCGAUGUUGGAACGAAAUACGCAUACAAUUUUCCAAUGAUAUGUAACCUUCUUCCACUCUAUAUCGAAAUUAACCAUUUGUUGAUUGAACCUUCCUGAACUUCUUCUUUUUUUCUUGUCAAUUAGUAAUAGAAAUACAUUUUUUCCUAUAUUUUUGCGAAGAAGGGAUAAUAUAUCAAAAUUGGUAUCAGCUUUACCAAGAAGAAACACGUCGUUUCUAACUUGUUAGAAUAUAAUAUCGUGUAAGAGAAGGAAGUAAUUUUAUAUAAGAGUUUCACGCUACUUUUUCAUAAGUUCGGAAUCGACACAACUUAUGCUCUUAUUCUCAAACAUCGAGGCUUCGCGAUAGAUGAUACGCUAUACAUAGUAACAGUGUGUAGUUAACAUUACGAUUAAAAUGUUCAGGAACAAAUAUAUAAAUGCAACACGUUAAUAUGGUGAAAGAAGGUGCGUAUCGUGAUUGAAUUACUGAUAAAUGCUUGUAAAUUGUUAUUAACCUCUAACGACUUAACCGUUCGAUCCUCUUUUUAACGAGCUUUGCAAAAUAAAAUUGUAACCACCGAAACUUUUCUAAUUUUAUCGAUAUGUUUAUUAAUCUAUUAUACAAUUUUCAGAACGAAACUACGUAAAAGCACAAAACUUAAAAUAAUUGAAACGAAAACGUUAGCAAAGAGUCGAUUUUCCUUUCCUUUUUUUACCAAUUCCUCCCAUUCCUACUCAUUUUACGAGCCAGCAUAUUGUCGUCACGAUGUUGCACCUUCGCCAUUCUUAAUCGUCGCUAUGAUAAUCGUAAAAUGUUGUUCAUUGACAGAGGAUUGUUUUGUGUUAUGGCAAUAUAUUGGAAUAUCGAUAAGGGAUAUAAGUAGUAACAGUAUCAUAGAGUAUAUAAAUGGUGUACUGCGUAAUAAACUAUUUAUAUUUUACAACGUAACGUGCGUAUAUUUGUAUGCAUCAUACAAAUAGGUACAAGUUCCCCCCUCCCCCAAAUUCCCUAUUUCUUCUUUUCUUUUCAUUUUAUGCGAUCGCUUAGUGCGAUCUAUCGGCUUAAAAAAAGAAAAAAAGAUAUAGCGAUCUUAACUCGUUCUUUCGCGACAUUUUUCUUUGUUCCCCUGACGUGUCUAUUUUACGAAGCUCUUUCACUUGCAGAAUCAGAUUGAUCGAUACAUCGCGUUGUCGUAUGGAUUCAUCGUGACGACUUCCUUGGAACCUUGCGAAUAUCUUUUA